AUGAUGACAGAGUUUGAGGGCCGAUAUGUACUCCAAAUUCAUACAUUACCCGGCCCAGAGAAUGCUCGGCUACAGGAAGGUGUGAGAACAACAUGGUAUCACAUUCAGGCUUCGCAGCUCGACUUUGAGAGAUUCCAAGACGUUUGUUUGGCCAUACCAGGCCUUUCAGACCGGCUGCUGGCGCGCACUCGCGCAUUAUUGACAAAGGUUUAUACGGAGAAAGUCAAACCCUUCUUGGGUGGAAGAUUCAUUGAGCCCGGAACUGUCCUCCGAGUCGAUGAUCCAGAUGGGUCUGACUCUCAACCUGUCAUUUUCAGCUGCGUACCAUAUCUCAGUCUCGAGCCACCAGAAAAACAAGGCUCAGAGGCGAACAAGUCUUGUUUUCCACCUCAUACCCUCAUGCAGGCAAUGUAUUUGUACGAACCAGUACGAGAGCGAGAUGAAGAGCAGUCUUGCAGGAAGUUCAGCGAUGAUCGCUCUGGUAACGUGGUCCAUGUCCCUAAUCUGUGGAUGAUGAAUAUCGGACCUGGUGUAGUCGUAAGCCACGGACAUCGACCUCUGUCCUCAUAUAUGGAUGGGUCUAUCAACGUCGUUCAGGAGAACAUCAAGCCAACCAGUAGGCAAGAUAUCACAAAGAACCCCCUGACAUCAAUCACUAUCACUGAUCAAGGUGGUCAGACACUCAUGUUUCCUGUUGGAAGUUGCAGGUCCUACUUCCAGCUAGAAGCAACAGCCUACGAGCUUGUAAACAACUACAUGACCAAAGCUGGCAUACCGGAAAGCAAGUUCCAUCUACGAUAUGAGACUUUGAAAGAAAGCACGACGAUUCUUCCUGGAGACUGGAGGGAAAUUGUCAACCGAGCAGCUGAUCAUGUUGCAAUCAACAUAAAUAUAUCAGAAGGCCCAGAGGAUGAGAAGUCAGCGAGAGAUUCUCUCAACGGGUCUACGUCAGCAUCCGCGGCUGCAAGGUCUACGACGUCUAUACCACCAUUUUUUCAUUGGCCAGAUCCAACUCGCAAUAUUGUACACCAAGGCGCAAAAAAGCCUACAGCUCUGGGAAAGCCUGACAAGAAACCGAUUACCUAUCUGGAGCAGGUGGAAGCGGCUAUGUUAUCGGAGACCCUCGAUCCCUUAGAAACGACAGAUCACGGUGUCGAUAACGCUUUCACCUCUACCGACUACUACCGGUCUUUGCCAGAGAGAAUGCAAAUGGAAUUCGGUGAUAGCUUGUCCGAUCUCAAAAAUCGCGUGGAACUAGCAAAAAUACCGAAACCUGGCGCUACGUUCCACCAAACCGUCGUUGGCAAUCAACGCAUUGGCAUUCUAGAGCAAUCGAUCGAACUUCUUAAUGUUGUUCAGGAAACUUUGAAGCUAUGGGUGAGUGACCUCGAUAGCGCCUGCGUUCUCCGUAAACUCUCGGGCGCUCUGGAUAAUGUUAGGGAGUGGGCAGUCAUCAUCGAUCAACGCGGUUCUAUAGAACACUAUUUUGGCGAAUACUCUGAUACCAACCGGAAGCAUCCUGCUACGACGGAAUGUGCUUGGGUUCUUCGCACUGGUCAUAGGCCUUUUCUACUAUCGAUCCCAGAUGGAAAUACGAAACUGGCAAGAUCGAUGGCACGGUGUAAGCGGUGCCAAUCUUUGAAAAGAUUCUCUAGUCCACAAACUGCAUUUGAGCAUUUGCAGCGACACAAAAGGUUUAACCGCGUUGAAAAACCUGACAAUACGAAAGAGAGAGGAUAUACGACGACUCCCGGUGGGGAACAUGCUGGUGUCGCUAGUAUUCCAAAACUCCAGGACUGGGUUAUGAGUCCUGCGCACUUUUGGCUUGAACAUACAAACGCUGGAACCUUGAGAAUACUCACCCAAGCAUGUGCGACUGCAAGGGAAAUUCUCGUCGAAGCUAAAGAAAUUGUUGACGGAGUGCAAAAUGAAGAUGGUCGAAUGUCGUCUUUGUAUAGCCUGCCAAAAGAACUUGUUGAAGCGUUCCGGAGAAUCGUGAUCUUUUAUUUGGCGAUCGAGCGAGCUCUAUGGCAGACUCGCCAGAUCUACGAUGACGACGCUCAAUCAGGAAAAUCCGCUCAUCUUACCUUCGCCCCAUAUUCGGAUGCAGGACUCGAAGUGCUGGAACGAUUUGGUAACGGCGCAAAACUGUCGCUGUUUAGCGCUCGGCAUGCGCUGAAGCAGAUGGCAAAGUCGGAUAAACCACUGGACGUCCUUAAGCACCUCUCCUUAGGAUCGGAAUAUGCCUGUGCAUGGUUGAUGAGACGGUUAUUUGCCAAACCUCUCGAAGAGAAUAGGACUGCGGGCGAUAUGUACAGAAACUACGUUUCCAAAGUUCAAUUCGAAGUCAACCAUCGACCAAGCAAGCGCCUCGUCCGCUCUAUCAAUCUUAUCCAGGAGGAACUGCAAAUCCUGAUAUCAGUGAACAGAUGGCAAAGCACUGUUAUCCAGAACUACUUGAGCGUCCUCGAUGAUUCCAUGUAUGAAACAGCCAUACCAGCCCGCCGAGGCAUGUUUCCGUAUGAACGUAUUCUCGUUCAAAACUGCCUAGACCAACUAUCUCUGGCUCGGGAGGAUUACAUUGAUUUAAUUUCGCGUUGUACUCCACUCUCCGACCGUACAAAGCAGAUGCUCGAGAUUAAUGAAGAAGAUCAUGGCAAAGCCAUCAUGGUCUUCACGGUUGUCACAGUCAUAUUCCUACCGCUAUCGUUUGUAACGAGCUAUUUCGGUAUGAACGCUUCAGACAUCAGGGAUAUGGACCAAAAGCAGGACUUGUUUUGGUCUGUCGCUAUACCACUCACAGUGGUUACGGUGGGGUCCUGCCUACUCAUCGGUUAUAAUGGGAACGAACUGCGAGAUAUGAUCUCAUCAUUUUAUCGAACACUCAUGGGCAAAGAGAAGAGAAUAAUCGAGGCUUAUGGCAUGGGUGUACCGCAACGUAAACAUAUACCGAAAUUUCCAAGCGAAUCAGGCGGCAGAGUGGAUUCGUUCAAUCCCGCUUAUGACGCUGAAUUCACCAGUCCCCGAUUCGGACUACAAAGAAGGCCAUACGACUUCGAGGCGGACGACGACUGGUACGACUCGCCCUACAACCCCACACCACUGAACAGGCUACCAGGUCCCCCUGUUUUCCGGCCUAUGCCUAUGACAAGCAGCGAUGAAUCGCGGUAUUUCCUAGAAAACGACGGUUUGAAGAACAAAACAGGAGUAAAACAUCGAAGAACAAAUUAUUACGAUGGAGCUUACACAGCUCCGCGGGACCAGGACCGAAUGGGGUACGACCAAUACCGCUACGUUCGCCGCAGCAGCAUCGAUAAUAUAUCGCGCAAUCCCCCGUCAGUGCGGUCAGUUCACAUACCUCCACCAAUACCGCCUUGUGGAUUCGCAAGCAAGAAGUCACGAAGCCGGAGUAGGAGUAGGAAUGAACACGGCCAAGUUGGCUCGAGGGACACGUUCUUUCAUUGA